GGGCGGGUUCAAUUAGUAGUUUAGUACACGUGACACAGCAGACUCAGGAAACACAGAAAUUCAGGAUAUAAUAAUGGAAGAUUUUCAAAGGGAGCCUUGUCCAUGGCGUAUACUAGAGGAUUGUGGUGGAGCUUUUGCUAUGGGUUGUAUUGGUGGAGGAAUAUUCUCAUUUUGGAAAGGCUACAAAACUUCACCACCUGGGAGCAAGUUGAAGGGUAGCAUAUCUGCUGUUAAGGCAAGAGCUCCAGUCCUUGGAGGUAAUUUUGCUGUCUGGUGUGGUCUAUUCUCAUCACUUGACUGUACUCUUAUUGCUCUACGUAACAAAGAAGACCCUUGGAAUUCUAUAACCAGUGGAGCAAUGACUGGUGCUAUAUUAGCUGCUAGAGGUGGACUCAAGGCUUCAUUGGGUGCUGCAUUUGCUGGUGGAUUAAUAUUAGCAUUAAUUGAAGGCGUCGGUAUAGCCAUGAACAGAGCUGCAGCUGAUCAGUUUAAACCAGUUAUGCCACAAGUACCAGAACCAUCUCAACUGUCUCAUAGCAACACAAGGAAUUAUCCCUCAUAACCAACCACCAGACGUUAUUAUUACAUUAUUAUUGUGUGUUGUAUCAUAUUACCUCUUGGUCAUGAAUUGAUAUACUCUGUGGUAUUCAAGAGGUUA